AGAAUGAAUCGCGAGUUUUUGGUUCUGAUCGAAAGCGAGGUUGAAAGUCGUGAUGUGUGGAUCACAAAGAAUGAAUCCAAGAUGACGUUACCUCCUGCAGAGGAUGUUCAAGACCUUGCAGGAUUUCUACAGCUCAAAGACGCUCAUGAUGUAAGUUAUUGUUCUUAUUUACGAUCUGGUCGGUUGGAAAUGUACUGUUCAUUGAAUGUUACCCUGUAAAUUUAAGAAAUAUAGUGUGGCGGAGACCUAAGAAUGAGGAGUGCCUGUGGGUGCGUCUUUCAUCUCUGUGGCUGAGGUUUGAUUUCUGCAAUAUGCUACUGGAAUCAAACCCCAGCCACAGAGACAAAAGUCACGUGCACUUAAACCGCUUGUAGCGCUAAUACCUUCUGGAAGGUAAGAUGUUUUUGUGGUGAUUUACAGGGCGAAGAUAUUAAAUUACGUUUAUGCCAUUUCUUCGCCUUCAGGGUUUUCUAGAGGAACUCAAACGCAACGAAAUGUCGGAGUUUGUCAAAGACUCAGAGAGCAUGAGUGACCUCAAGAAAAAAACUAUCACAAAGAUUCGUCAACUUCAAACUCGCUGGUCAGCGGUGCUUGCCUAGCUGGGAAACCAAGAGAACAGUGUAUCUGAAUACCGUGAUAGCAAACUGGCGAGAGUUCAGACAACAUGAAGUAACAGCGACUGAGUUUAUUGAUGGCAAAGAGAAAGAUCUUCAAGGAAUUAAUGAAGAAGUCAAAGCUGGGAGUGAUGAACUUACUAUGGAGAAAGUUGGCCAACUUGAG